CAUGCCUCACACGAGCGGGCCCAGCCUCGGGGAAAGCGUCGCUCACUUCUCCCCACACUGCCGGCCCGCAGCACCCCGCGACCUCUGGACCGGAGCAGCUCGAACCGGCGGCGACUAAGCGCAUGCGCGGAACCGGAAGUCCGCCGGUCAUUGCUUCUUUAGGGCCUUUCUAUGCUACUGAACUGAGGCGUCUCUAUGGCCCGCGGCUGCCGCGCGCUCGGGGAACUGUGAGGGAGAGGGGAGUGGCAGCGCCGCCGCCUUCGGCUGCCUGGCGGGGAGCCGGCGUGGGGGGAUGGGUGAGAGUACCAGCCCCAUCAGCGUGAUCUUGGUGAGCUCGGGCAGCCGCGGCAACAAGCUGCUCUUCCGCUUCCCCUUCCAGCGGGGCCCGGAGCACCCGGCCGCCCAGGCCGGUAAGCCAAGGAGCCGAUAUGCUGUGAAUAGCACUAAUGACAACACAGAAGAUCAAGAUGGAGACUCCAGAGAGCAAUAUCCUCUAACUGAUGAGCAAUUGGUUUCAGGAUUUUCAGAUGUCAUCCUGGCAACAAUUUUAGCUACCAAAUCAGAUAUGUGUGGCAAAAAAUUUGAGCUGAAGAUUGAUAAUGUCCGUUUUGUUGGCCAUCCUACUUUGCUGCAGCAUGCCCUUGGGCAGGUAUCCAAAACUGAUCCAUCACCAAAGAGAGAGAUGCCCACCAUGAUUCUCUUUAAUGUUGUAUUUGCCUUAAGGGCCAACGCAGAUCCAUCGGUGAUCAACUGUUUACACAACCUCUCUCGUCGAAUUGCCAUAGUUCUACAGCAUGAGGAGCGUCGUUGUCAGUACCUGACCAGAGAGGCCAAGCUGAUCCUAGCCAUUCAGGAUGAAGUGUCUGCCAUGUCAGAAACAGCAGAAGGUCCACAAUCACCUUUCCAUCACAUUCUACCCAAGUGCAAGCUGGCCAGAGACCUCAAGGAGGCUUAUGACAGUCUUUGUACUACAGGGGUGGUGCGAUUGCACAUCAACAACUGGCUUGAAGUGAGUUUCUGUCUGCCUCAUAAAAUCCAUUAUGUUGCAACAAGUUUUAUACCUCCUGAAGCGAUUGAAAGAAGCCUGAAAGCUAUUAGGCCUUACCAUGCCUUAUUACUACUGAAUGAUGAGAAAUCGUUGCUUAAUGAGCUCCCAUUGGACUGUUCCCCAGCACUGGUGAGAGUGAUUAAAACUACCUCUGCUGUGAAGAAUCUGCAGCAGCUGGCUCAGGAUGCUGACCUGGCAUUAUUACAGGUUUUCCAGCUUGCUGCACAUCUGGUUUACUGGGGAAAAGCAAUUAUUGUCUAUCCACUGUGUGAAAACAACGUCUAUAUGCUGUCCCCCAAUGCCAGUGUUUGUCUUUACUCUCCUUUGGCAGAGGAAUUUUCCUGUCAGUUUCCUGGCCAUGAUUUGCCGUCUGUGCUUUCCAAGUUCUCUUUGCCAGUUUCCUUAUCAGAGUUCAAGAAUCCGCUUGCUCCACCAGUACAGGAGGCACUGUUACCCAAGAUCUCUGAUCAACGGUGCUGGGACGCACCAUCACCUGGAGUGGAGCGCUCACAGGGACACACAUCUCGAAGAACCUCAGUUACUGUAGGGUGAGUAACUUUCUCUUGC